AUGAUAUUUAAUAUAUCUGAGGUCGCUACAUCAAGGUAUUGCUCCUACAUUUCCCAUGAUGAUGAUCAAGCUAGGUGCUCCAAAUUUGAAAGUGGACUUCGACCCGAUAUCAAGCAAGCGAUUGGCUAUCAACAGAUUGCACAUUUUCCUGAAUUAGUGGAUAAGUGUCAGAUUUAUGAGGAUGACACUAAAGCAAAACAAGCUGCAUGGAAGAAUACCGGGCCCCAAAGGAGUGGAGGAAGUUCUGACUUCAAGAUGAGGGAGAUACGAGAUGGAAAGAAGCCAUACAGCCGUCCUGACCAUCAGCCAAGGAGAAAUCCUCCUAGCAUUAGAAGACCGGAUCAUGGAGGACUGAGUCAACCUGAGCUACACUGUUAUAGCUGUGGAGGACCUCAUCUCCAACGAGAUUGCCAUCGUAAUCUUGUGACUUGUUUUAGAUGUGGCCAACAGGGUCACUAUACCUCCUCUUGCCACCUAGUGAGAAAUGAUGCGGGAGGAAACGACAAGGGAAGGAAUUGGACUGGGAAUCGCAAUAACAAUGGAAGUCAGAAUCAAAUGGGGAAUCGUCGUCAGUCAAACCUCGACACCUCUAGGAAUCCUUCUGGGAGGCCUAACGUAAAGGGACGCAUGUACACGAUGAGCGGUGCUGAAGCCACUAUUCAGAGGUUGAAGUUGCCUAUUUCUCCUAUGACCGAAAACCUUAUUGUUUCUACCCAUACCGGUCCCUCUAUUGCCACCUCCCUUGUUUGUCGUGAUUGUAAUGUUUGCUUGGAAGGUCGAGAAUUCUUUGUCGACUUAAUUUGUUUACCCCUCUCUGAGUUGGAUAUUAUUCUAGGUAUGGAUUGGCUUUCUGCCAACCAUGUCAUGUUAGACUAUCCCAAUAAGAAGUUAGUUUUGAAUUCGUGUAAUGUUGAAAGGACCAAAGGUAGGACUCAAGAAGGCAAAGAUGCUCAGUGUACCCAUACUCCAAGGGAUGUGAGGCUGCAAGUUUUCACAAUUUUUACUGUUGAAGACCCUAAAGAUGACCCUGUGCUUGAUGAGAUACCUAUUGUUAGGGAAUACCCUGAAGUUUUCCUCGAGAACGUACCUGGAUUGCCUCCAGAGAGAGAAGUUGAAUUCUCUAUAAAUUUGGUUCCUGGCGCUGGACCAGUCUCUAUGGCACCCUAUCGAAUGUCGUUAGUAGAGCUUGCUGAAUUGAAGCAACAAUUGGAAGAGUUGUUUGAAAAAUAG